AUGGAAUUUAAAAAUAAAAGAAAAUAUAUUAUAAUUUAAAACUUCAUCAAAUAAGNAACGAAGAAGGAAUAAAAAUUGGACGAUGGGAAGAAUUAAGUGAUUAAUUUUGGAGGUAUAAUUUAGAUUUAUAGUAAAAUUAUUAGCUAUAAUUAAUCUAUUUAUAUUGGUGAAUAUAAUAAAUAAGGUGUUAAGAUUGGUGAAUGGGAAAUAUUUUAUAAGAAUUAUAAUAUGGGGAAUUCUUAAAAAAUGUAUAUAAAACUAAUAUGUCAAUUUUUAGUGGUGGAGGACAAUAUGAUGAUAAAGGAAACAAAACUGGAAUGUGGGUGGAAUAAAUAAAUGGAUUUAAUUAGUUUUAAUAUUCUCUAUAAAAUAGCUGGAAUUAAUCUACAAUUAGAGGGUUUUAUAAUAAAUAAGGAGUGAAGGAAGGAAUAUGGGAGAUAUUUUGGAAUUGGAAUGGAGAAAAUCAAAAGAUGUAUUUAUUAUAUGAAUAUAAUUAAAUAAUAGUGGUGGUGGAUAUUAUGAUGAGUAAGGACGUAAGAUUGGAAAAUGGAUAGAGUAGAAAGAUGGGUUUGAUUGGUAAUUUAUAUUAUUAAUUUAAUUAAUAAGUACUUAGAAAUUAAUUUUAACUGGAGAAUAUAUUUAAGGUAUUAAAUAAGGGGAAUGGAUAGAGAAUAAAUUAUAAUGAG